CUCUCUGGCCCUGGCGGACCGCGAAGAUGGCGGCGCCCAUGGAGGUGGCGUUGGUGUCGGACGCCGCCGGGCCGCUUUGCAACUGCUCGGUCUGGGAGCUGCACUCGGGUUCCGCGUUGCCCGGUUACCGCGGUGGGAACACCGGCCCGCGCGGGCUGGCGCUGCUGGGAGGCGAGCACCUGCUGGGGGCCCAGCUGGGCAAGAGCUACAUCAACGUGUGGGAGCUGCAGAGGAAGGACCAGCUCCAGCAAAAGAUCAUUUGCCCUGGACCAGUGACCUGCCUAACAGCUUCUCCCAACGGGCUCUACAUUCUGGCUGGUGUUGCUGAGAGCAUCUACCUGUGGGAGGUCUCCAAUGGGAACCUCCUGGCCAUCCUGAACCGACACUACCAGGACCUCACAUGCCUCUGCUUCACUGAUGACAGCAGCCACUUUCUCUCGGGGGCAAAGGACUGCCUGGCGCUGGUGUGGAACCUGUACAGUGUUCUACAGGCAGAGCCCUCCCAGAUCCCAGACCCUCGCCACGUGUGGUCCCGACAUAGCCUCCCCAUCACAGACAUGUGCUGUGGCUUUGGAGGACCUUUGGCACGAGCUGCCACUGCAUCCCUUGACCAGACAGCAAAGCUCUGGGAAGUCUCAUCCGGGGAGCUCCUGCUUUCAGUCCUGUUUGAUGUGGGGAUCAUGGCUGUGACCCUGGACCUCUCCGAGUAUCACAUGUUCUGUGGCGGCAUGGAUGGAUCCAUCUUCCAGGUUGACCUCUGUGCCUGGCCAGUCCAGAGAGACCGGACCUUCCAGACAGAGCGGGAGAAUGGGAAGAUCUUCAAAGGGCACAGGAACCAGGUGACGUGUCUGUCCGUCUCCACGGAUGGCAGCCUGUUGCUUUCUGGCUCACACGAUGAAACAGUGAGGCUAUGGGACAUCCAGAGCAAGCAGUGCCUGAAGACGAUGAAUCACAAAGGUCCGGUUACGAACGCCUUCAUAGUGCUGGCCCCAGCCAACAUGCUCAACCCAGAUGGGAAACCCAGCGUGCCUCUUCCUAAAUUCAGCAAGCACCUCUAUGGCACUGAAAGCACCGACGAGCAGGGCAGCGAGGGAGUGACGCUGCGCCUCGGGCUGCACCAGCAGGAGUCCGGGGAGAGCUAUCUGGAGAAGGCUGAGAAGAUGUACUCUCAGAUGUGCUCAACGAGGGAAAAGAACCUGAUGGGAGACCAGGAGCAUCUGACGAUCCAGGUGAGCGAGCUGGAAGAGGAGGUGAGCACCCUCCGGAAAAUCAACAAGAACCUCUUUGACUUCUCUGCUCGCAUCAUCACCAAGCCAGCCAAAUGAGGAGGCAGCCCCCAGCCCUCCCCCCUCUGCCUCUCUCUGCCCAGCUCCUGGGGAAGAACAGCCAGCCCAUGGGCACGUGCAGAGGGGCAAGCACGUGUGGCUCAUCCUCCGCAGCGCCUGUCAGGCCAUGUAUAACACACAAAGGAGUGUUCGCCUGCUCCCUCUGGCAUCCCUUUGACCACCCAGGACUGAGAUGGGGCACGGGGGCUGUGGGGCUGCACGUGGUCCCAGCUGGCUGCCUGCAGGAUGGCACAGGGAUGGGGGCUGAGCGGUGCGGCUGCAGUGCAGACAACUGCAGGCAGAGCGUCCCGGGCUGCGGUGCCUUUCAGGAUGCAGCUCCUGCUCUUCUCCUCUCUCCCCCCCUGGCCUUUUUAUGUUUCUUUUCAUUACACGACCCUGCGGCGCAGACAGAAAAGUGGGUUUAUCACCUCUCUGAAUGCCAGUUUGAGAUUGGAUUUUAGAGACACCUUCUGCCCACCCCUGGCUGGGAGAUGCUGCUCAGUUCCACUGGACCCUUUGCAUCCCGGACCCCGCUUGGGGCUCGGUUUGCUCCCGUGCUGCGGGGGCUGUGCAGCUCCAGCCCCCACCUGCGCACCCCCAGCCAUCCGUGGGGGCACUGAGCCUGAAGCUGUGGGCCCUGCAUCCCUCGGGGGGGGCUCUGUGUGUGUCUGUCCCAGGGCACGGGGCUGGGCAGGGGAAGCAUGGUGCUAUUUCUGAUCUCGUAUGUUGACAAUUUAUAUAUAUUUGGAUCCAGCUAUUUUGUUUUCCACGGUGUUCUGGGGAAAUCAGCCUUUUGUAUUGUCACUAGCAUGGCAGCGGGGGUGUUGUGGGUUUUGUUUAGGUUUAUUUUUUACAUAAAAGAUUUGUUUUUUAUAGUGAAA